AUGCUCGCCAAAGCCGCCGGAACCGUGGCGAUUUCCUUAAGCUGUGGCGUCGUUUUCUGUUGUCUGUUCUUCGUGCCUAUGCUAAUGCGUUUCAUCAGCGAUGGCCAGCAAAGCAUUCGAGUUCAUGCGGACGAGUUCAACGUUUUGUCCGCUGAGGUCUGGGGCAAAUUCGACAGUGAGUUUCGAAAAACAGAGCCACAGCCACUGAGGAGAAAACCGAGACAAGCCGAACCGCCUCCGAACUGCCAAUGCGACGUGGACAACAAGUGUCCACGAGGAGAACCGGGGAUGCCGGGAGAGCCUGGAGACAAUGGAGAGUCAGGAAUUGAUGGAUUGGUUGGUCCAGACGGCUUGGCGGGCAUUUAUCCACCUGUCCACAUUAAUCUUGCAAGCAAAUGCAGGUACUGUCCAAUGGGAGCGCCGGGAAAAGAUGGGCUUCCAGGAUUUCAAGGAAUUCAGGGGCAGAAAGGUGAUCAGGGUCGAGCUGGCAAACCGGGUCCCGAUGGUCCGGGAGGUCUUCGGGGAGCCACCGGUCCAUCUGGUUUUGUUGGUCAACCAGGCCGAGCCGGAAUUGCGGGGCUGGCUGGUGAAAAUGGUGUAGUCGGACGGAUGGGACUACGGGGCGGCAAAGGAUUAGAUGGCUCCAUUGGUCCCAAUGGCUUACCGGGAACAGAUGGAGCAGAUGGAAUAUCUGGUGAUGAUGGAAUAGAAGGUCCUGCUGGUCCAAAAGGAGAACAAGGAUAUCAGGGAAAACCAGGACCACAAGGACACUAUGGUACAAUUGGCAAGCCCGGUAAGGAUGCUGAAUACUGCCCAUGUCCACCCCGAAGAGCCUAUCACCUUUAA